GAUCUCAAGGACUAAAAUCGAGUCGAGUAUUAUUGAAAUCUUAACCACGUUAGAUUAGAAAUUAAAUAGAAAUUAAAUUCAAAUCGUAGGGAGUAAAAGGGUAUUUCUCCCAACAAAGAAAAACAAGAGAGAGAGAUUGCAUAGAGUAAGAGAAGAGAAUAUGAAGAAAGAUGCCAAUAUACAUGCCCAAGGCCCGCCAUUGUCACACUGAACAUAUCGAAACUCCUCUUUCAACCUUCAUUGAAUCUCUCGCUCCACCAGCUGUAGCCUCAUCAAAUUCCGUCCAAAUCCCCCAUUUUAAUACUCUUCCCUUGUCAACACCAAAAUUUGCCCUAAUUUUUCACUUCGGCAUUUCAUCAAACACCUUGCAAGCAGCACAUCAAUCGCCAUGGCAGAGCAAAGCCCUAGACCAAAGCAAUCGGAGAUCCAAAACUUACCGCCGCCGAAGUCCACCAGCGGCCGGAGCAUAUCGAUGCCGAGGUCGGCGAGCGGCGGCGGCGGAAGCCGGAGGGAGACGCCGGAUUACCACAGCACGGCGGCGAAGCUGGAGAGGGCGAAGGAGGUGUAUAGAGCGUACGAAGGGCACGGAGAAAGGCCGACGAUUGUGGAGAUUGUGGGAUGGUGCUUCUAUGAACUUUGCUCGUAUUUUGUUUUGUCGUUACUGAUUCCGGUGGUGUUUCCGUUGAUUAUUAGCCAGAUUAGUGGAACUCCGACGGCGCCGCCUCAGGGAUGGUUUAAGAGCUUUAUGGGCUUCGAUUGCCCUUCUAGAGAAAUGCAACUGUACGAAAGUUUAACCGAGCACACAAUAAAAAUAUCCAGCACCCAAGUCUCACCAUUAAUAUGGACCUCGAUCUCAUGGGCUUUGGGCUUGGUUCUGGCCGGCCCAAUCCUCGCCUUCGCCUCCUUCCACCUUGAUUACGGCUUCAAUCAACACCUCAUCACUCUCGCCGCCGUCGCUGCCGGAGCUCUCUCGUGUCUUCCGACAGGCCUCUUCAAAACGGUCAAAAUUUUUCCUCUCUACAUUGUUUUAAUCGUAAUUGCUCACUCUGUGGCCUUCACCUCUCACACGCGCCACCUCGGUCUCAUGCUCCGUGUCCUCACCGGACCCAUCGUCCAUAAACCCAAAUUUUCCCAAAGAAGAAGCAGUUCUAGUCUGAUUUCGUCCUGCUCUGCCGCCGUCGGCGGUGUCGGUUCCGCCGCUAUCUUCGCCUUCACUUACCACAUGCUUCGACGGUUGGUAUUCUGAGUAGUAGUAUCUGUUGCUAUUGUUAUUCUAAGUAGAAGCAAAUCCCAGACUUUUGCAACUCUAGGAUCGAAUUUAUUAAACUUUUAAGGAAAUGUACAUUUUUGUCCGGUUUUGAAGAAUCAGUGCAUUUGGUAACCUUAGUUUUCAAAAUCUAAGUUUUCAGCUCCUUAUUUUUUAGAAUAGGUGCAUCUCUUAAUUUUUAAAUAUACCUUUUUAUUUUCAAAUAUUUCAAAAAUAUCGCAUAAAAAGCCUAUUUUUU